CGUAAGCUUUAUCUACACAAUUGGUUCAUAGAGUAGUAAAAACUUUGAUGCAAAUACUACAUGGAUUCACUUGAAACAAAGUGAGAAGUGUAUAAAUUGAUACAGUCUUACUAAUUUGUUAUGAACUUAUUAUAAAUAUUAGUCAACUUUCUUAAUGGCUAGUUGGAAAAUUGAUUUUGCGGGUUAACCCACGACCCAACCACAUCCAUCUGCCACUCACCCAACCCGAGUCGCAGAAGAAUGAGGAUGGAUUAUGGGUCACAAUUAUUCCAACUCGCUAGUAAGUGUGUGGGUCAAUUUGAGACCAAAACCUACCCAACUCGCCCAUUCCCCACCUUUAGCAUCCAACGAAGAAGAGACUGAAGGUUUCGGUAGUCAACUCACAUCAACCUUCUUACGAGCCCGUGAGAAACAUCGUGCCGCGAAAUCAAGGAACGCGAGCGAGAUGUCAGGUCGCGAUCCUCCAAGUUUUCAACGUGUAAAGGUGCUGACCCGAUCACGGCAUCGCUUCAUAAGUUCGUGAUUGCGAACUUCUGCCCUCAUAAUUCCCUAAAUAGGGGCCUCCCCUUUAGAAAGUGGCUUUUGGAAGAUUUCUAAAUCUAGAGAAAGAAUAGAGGGGAGCGACUACGGUGAUUACUAAGGGUAAAUUGGGUAUGGAAAAUAAAUUAUAUUAAUUAAUCAAUUUUAAUAAAUUACAUUUUAGGUAGUUACAAAAAUCUAUUAAUUACAAUUCUUUCUCUUUCUCUCACUUCCGUAAUCUCCAGCCAGAUCUCAUUUCCAUAUCUUUCUCAAUCUUUCUGCAAAAGAAAAAACACGAAAUCACUGCCAAUCCAUUAGACAACCACUACCAUUUUGAAAAACAUCAAUACCAUUGCAUAAAUAAAUCUAUACUAUUACACGAAAACUAGCUAGCAAUAUAAACAAUCUAUACCAUUUCGUUUGAAGGAGCGUGUUAGUAAAUAGCAUAAGAUUCAUAAUUGAAUGUCUCCGGCCUAUUAGGAGUUAUUGGGACCGUGGAUUGAUGAGUAAGAAAUUCAAUCACUCUUUUGUUUAAAGAUGAAAGUUAAGUGACUUGUUAGACUUUUUGUGCGCUUAGCCGCCUAGCCACAGCCAAUUUGGUAAUGCGCGGCCCAGGAACGGAGUCGUAGCACCAAAAUUAGCGCGGAGAACUGAUAUGCUUUGUUGAGCACACUAUCUAGUAUUCUCCAUUCUCAAAGCAACAAUGUCGUCCGUCAUCGCCUUCUCUACGACUACAACGCCGGCGGCGACGGUCCAUGGCGCGUACAUCAACCGCCGUUCAUUUCCCCGUCGCCUCGUAGGCCAUCAUUCACGGCUCGCCAGGUCAAGAUUGCCACAGAUUACUGCUGCUCUUGCUCAGAAGACCGCGUUGCAGUACAGGAAACUCGGCGACUCUGACCUCGAAAUCAGCGAAAUUACGAUAGGAACAAUGACCUUCGGGGAGCAGAAUACUGAGAGAGAAGCUCACGAAAUUCUCAGUUAUGCAUUCGAGAACGGCGUUAACAUCCUGGACACUGCAGAAAUGUACCCUGUACCACCGAAGAAGGAAACACAAGGGAGAACAGAUCUCUAUGUCAGUAGCUGGAUGAAGUCUCGGCCCCGCGAUAAGGUUAUUCUGGCAACAAAGGUUGCUGGUUAUACACAACGAUCGAAUUACCUCCGCGAUGAUGCUGACAUUGUUCGGGUCGAUGCUGCUAACAUCAAAGAGAGCGUGGAGAAAAGCCUUAAGCGUCUUGGGACUGAUUACAUUGAUCUGCUGCAGAUUCACUGGCCUGAUCGCUAUGUACCAUUGUUUGGUGAGUUCUUUUAUGAUUAUUCAAAAUGGAGACCAAGUGUGCCUAUUGUGGAGCAAUUGCAGGCCUUUAAAGAACUUGUUGAUGAAGGAAAGGUGCGGUAUAUCGGUGUAUCAAAUGAGUCCUCUUAUGGAGUGAUGGAGUUUGUUCAUGCUGCCAAAGUUGGAGGCCUACCAAAGAUUGUCAGUAUCCAGAACAGCUAUAGUCUGCUAGUGAGAUGUCCAUUCGAGAUUGAUCUUUCUGAAGUUUGCCACCCUAACAACUGCAACAUUGGCCUACUCGCUUACUCUCCCCUGGCUGGUGGAGCACUUUCUGGUAAAUACUUGGAUCUGGAUUCUGAAGCUGCAAAGAAUGGAAGAUUCAAACUCUUCCCUGGGUACAUGGCAAGAUACAGAGAUUCACUCGCCAGGGAAGCAACAGUACAUUACAUUGAAAUGGCAAAGAAGCAUGGUUUAACUCCAGUUCAGCUAGCUCUGGGAUUCGUUCGAGACCGACCUUUCGUGACAAGUUCUAUUGUGGGUGCGACAUCUGUUGCCCAACUCAAAGAAAACAUUGAUGCUUUUAUCACCACGGAUAGGCCUUUAUCACCAGAAGUAGAGGCGGAUAUCGAGAGCAUAUUCAAGAGAUACAAAGAUCCUGCUAUCCUCUGAGAAGUCCAGGUCCUGUAGAUUGUUAGUAACAGCACCACCUAUUUCUUCUUGUCCAGUAUACCUUUUACCUUUGGCAAGCGCAUAUUUGUCUCAAUAAUUAAACAAGGAGGGAGAGUGACAGUCGCUCGAUGAAUUAGAUGAAAGAUAGAAGACAGAAAGACUAAGGGGAACGCUUCAUUGUAUCUAUCUCCAGAUUGUAACCAAUAACUUUGAGUGCUCACCGAGCUGCUGCUUACUUAAGUUCGGAAGGUAAUCCGACAACGAUAAGCAGUUCUCGAAGACUCAACUAUACGAAACAGAAUCUAAUUAUCGCACGACAUGUUUGGAUCCUGCAUUUCAAUUAUGAAGAUCAAGCAGAGAUGGUCAAUGAUCUUCCCAUGGAACGCCAUAGCUUUGACAGUAUCAGAAUUAGAUUAGUAAACGGCGCUGCAGACAAAUUAACUACGUCAAGCAGUUGAACUCCAGCAUCUGACAUAGCCACUUGUGUCAAUGAACGUUUCUACAAAGCACGUGAAGCAACAUAAUAAAGGAGUUUUCGAGCAAUAAACUGACAGGCGGAAA